GGGCAGAUGGUCCGUGCACGGGCGCAACAACUGGCCUGAUAAUGCUGCUGAUCCAUUCCACCUCCUCCUUCCCUCAAACCUCCCACUCACCGACGUCCUCGUCUCUCUUGUCACACCACAAUUGCGUGCUGAUAUCCAACAUGGUCGACGAAGAAGAGCGCGUCAAGGCUGAAAAGCUCGCCGCCGCCAAAAAACGGGUACAUCCAUCCAUCCAUCCUCCAACGGAGCAUAGCUAGCUGGAUGACACGCGCAUACUAACCCAUGACAAUAGGUAGCGCAGCUCCAGAAGAAGAAGAAGGGCGGCAAGAAGGCUGGAGGGACAUCGACCAGUGAAGCUCCUAAAGAAGCAGCCGAAUCUACCGACCAGACGACCCCCGCUAC